UUUUGUGUUCUUUUUCUUCUUAACGUUUUUAGCAAUGAAAAAAGGAAAAAAAUUUUUUUUUGGGAGGGCCAAAAAUUAUUUUUUAAAGAAAAGAGAGAAAAAAGAGGAGAGAGAGAGGGUAAAAUGAUGUUAUGGGGCAAAAAUGUGGUUUCAUACGCGAAAAAAAAUUUUUUACGUACGUGUGUGUGUGUUUGAAAAAAAUGUGUGUUUUGAACCCUUUUCAGUCUCCUCUCCUCUUAUAUAUAUUUUCAGUCUUAUUCUUAUAUUACUUACACAUUUUGCAUUUUAAAUAUAAAAAUUUUUUGGCCAUACCUUAACAAAAAAAGUAAAAUAAUAAUUAUUUUAUAACAUUAAAGUAAAGUAAUUAUUUUGGAUAAUUUUUUAUUAAAUUAUUAUUAAUUGUUAAAUAAGCCUGUAGGGGAAGGUUAGAAUGUGUAUGCAAAAUGUAUUUGUCUUGAAAAUUUUUUUUCCUUAAAAAUUUUGUAAAGUAAUUUUUAAAAAAAGAUGUUACAAAAAAAUUUUUUCUCUUUAUAUUUUUUUUUCUAUUUUU